GACCCGCCAACCGCCAACGACCGCGAAGAAGUCACAUCACGCGUGAACCACUUGCAGAAAAUUUAAGCAUAUGCUUGCGUCCUCCUGCGUCUCUGUUUCUUCUCCACCCACGAUCAUCUCUCAUCAGAAUUUGACACUGAAUUUUCCCGGAUCGCAAUCCGCGAGGAAUUGCAUUUAAUCAGUAAUCUUAUUCCAAUUGCAGCUGACUUUCGUGGUUGUUCACUGUGUGAAGAAGCUACAAGUUGGGGUGCCCUGUUACAUUAUGAAUAAUGAUACUCGGUAUAUGGACGAAGGUUCUAGCUCGACUUCAUUAAGCAGCCAGCAAGAUGUUGAUGACCAGAUGAUUGCUGUAGUACUAUCUGAAGAGUAUGCUAAGUUAGAUGGUGCAGUUGGUCGACGCCUAUCCAACCUAGCACCAGUUGCGCAUAUUCCGCGAAUAAAUACUUUCAUCCCCAAUAUAAAUGAUGCCAGUUUGGAUCACCAACGGUUGCUGCAGAGGCUAAAUGUUUAUGGUUUGUACGAGGUGAAGGUCUCUGGGGAUGGCAAUUGUCAGUUUCGUGCUCUUUCAGACCAGAUGUAUAAAUCGCCUGAGUAUCACAAGCAUGUUCGAAAAGAUGUUGUGAAACAGCUUAUGGACUACCGUUCUCUGUAUGAAGGCCAUGUCCCGAUGAAGUAUAAACGCUAUUACAAGAAAAUGUCUAAACAUGGUGAAUGGGGGGACCAUGUUACCUUACAAGCAGCAGCUGAUAAGUUUGCUGCAAAGAUAUGCCUUCUGACUUCAUUCAGAGAUACUUGUUUCAUUGAAAUUGUUCCACAAUAUCAGGCUCCUAAACGAGAGCUGUGGCUAAGUUUUUGGUCUGAGGUGCAUUACAAUUCACUCUAUGAACUUCAAGAUGCUCCCAUACAACAUAAGCCGAGGAAGAAACACUGGUUGUUUUAGAGGGAAAAUGUUUGCUAUGGUUUCUAUGCCAUGUAUAUUCUGCAGAAAUUUUACAAUCCAGUAUACCUUUGGUACAUACAUUGCACACUCCGUCACAUUUAGUACGAUUUCCACUGUGAUGAUACCGAAGCAAUCAACACUAUUGGUUUAUUCUUUUACGACAGAAAUUGAUUAUUAUGUUGUAUGACAUAUGUCAAACUUUUGGAUUGUAUCCAAUCCAAUGUAAAUAAAAGUACAUUGCUCUC